AUGGCAAUACAGAAUCUUGAGUGGGUUCCAUUCAUAAAAGAGAAGAAAGAUAAAGACUUGAGAGAAAUUGAGGAAUUCAGAAAUGGAGAGGACUGGUGUUAUGUCACGCAACCCAAAGACAUGCAGUGGGCACGUAAGACACGUCCACUGGGCCUCUAUGGGGCGCCGAAAUUUACUCCAGUGAAGCUCAAUCACUUAGGAUAUAUACUACACGAUAAAGUGGAAUCAAUUGAUGACGAUAUAUGCCAUGUUGCAGUUGCAGUUGCGGAAUCAAAUGGAUGUGGAUUGCCAUUGGCAAGGUUGGCCAACCUUCGUCCAGGACUAUUUGAGUUCCAGAAGGCGUGA